UUCAUAUAAUUGGUUAUUUUAAUAUCAUUUGGUCCACUCCCACUUGAAGUCUCAUGUUCCACCCUCCUUUUUUGACCAUCUUAUAAUUAUUAUUGACUCAAUUGCUUUAUGGAGGAUGAGUUUUGAGUUUGAUUGUAGAAUCACCUACCUUUUUUUAACAAUAAUCACUAAUUAGUGGCAGGGUGGUGCAAUCCAUCAUGGAUAGGCAGCAAUCAAUAGAAAUACCAUCAGAAGAUGUAGAAAAUGGAAGAGAAUCAGAUGAAUUCAUCAUAGAAAAUAAAGAAAAGGUUCCUCUUCAUCCAUUUACACAAGUUGGAACUGUUUCUUUUCCUGGUUUCUAUGGCAAACAUAGGUUGCAAGCUUCCAUAUCUAACCUCAAUAACCAAAUCAAUAUUUUGCAGGAAGAGUUGGAAAAACUUGAAACAAUAGGUGAAUGUUCCACAAUCUGCAAGGAUGUCAUUUCAAGUGUUGAAUCCAAUCCAGAUCCUCUACUUCCAUGGAUUCAAGGUUCAGUUGAUGCUGGUUCUGGUUGGGAUAGAUGGUUUGGAGGAGCUCACAACUCUCGAAAUCAUAAGCUAUGGAUUUAGAAAUUUUGUUUUAUAGUUUUUCUUUUUCUUUGGGUGAUCUAUGUAUUCAUUCAUAAUUUAAAACUUUCCUGCAAGAAAAGCAAAAUUAUAAUUUACUACAUGAUAAAGUAAUUAAAGUUUGUAACAGCUUUCUAUGCUAAGUUUUACAUUGUCAAAAAAAAUGCAAUAGAAGUAUCAAAGUUCCUCUUUA